UAAGCUACCACCGGUCUCCAGGCUUCUGGGCAGAGUCCGACGUAUCUCAGCAUACUUCCACCGCAGCACAAAGGCAAAGCACCUGUUUGAAGAAAACCAGAGAGUUGUUCUUAAACUGACAAGUCCACUUAAACUGAUAACAGAUGUCGCCACAAGGUGGAAUAGUGCUCAUGAUAUGAUGGAGAGGUUUUUGCAACUGCAAGCUGCAGUGCAUGCCACCCUGCUGUCGCCUGCCCUAAAUGUAGAUGAAAGUGACAUUGUCACUCUCAGCAGAGCUGAUCUGGCUAAUGUGGAGGAAGUAGUGAAGACAUUAAAACCAGUGAAGGAUGCCACUGUGUUUAUGUCAGAGGAGAGCAGUCCUACAGUCAGCCUAAUUGCACCAGUAUAUGCCCAACUCCUCCAGAGCAUGUCCGACACUAUUGGAGACCAACCACUGAUCCGUGAUGUGAAGAAUGCCAUCAAAACAGAUCUCCUUAAGAGGUACAAUAGUGAGGCAGAGAAAAAGAUCCUUCAUAUAUCCUCUGCCCUGGAUCCUCGCUUUAAGGAGUUACCUUUCCUGACAGAGGAAGAGAGAUUGGAUGUCUCCACAGGAGUGAUUUCAGAGGCUGCAUCCCUGGAGGAGAGAAAACAGAGAACAGAAGCAGAUGAAGCGCCUGGCAGAACAGGAAGUUCAGGAACCAAGGAAGAGUUGCUGUCCAUGGAUGACAAUGUGUCAGACUCAGCAGGCCCCUCCGCUCCCAAAAGAAGGGCCUCAUCGCUGCUUUUAAGUUUGCUGGGACCUGCUUUCAUCAAUGACACCAGUGAACCUGCAGUACAAAGUAAGACCGCCGAUGCCAGUGCUGAGGAGGAAAUGGACUUGUACUGUAGAUCCCCAGCUGUGCCUCUCUCUGAGGAUCCCUUGGACUGCUGGCACAUUUCCUCUCAUCCCUAG